UGCGGGCUGCCCUCGGCGGUGCCUGAUUCCCUAGUCCGUGGCCCGGCUCGAGAGGCUGUGCUUCCCCUCCACCCUGCGCUCCAGAGCCGGCCGAGGGGAGAAGCCGAGGUCGGGGAGGGAAGCCGUAGGAGAUCCGCGCGCCGGGAGGGGGGGGCAAUUUAUCAGGCAGCACUUAGGCAGCCCCGUUCAGGGAGGAGGCCCCCGGGGUCUUUGACGGUGAGCAGCGGGGACGGAGCGAGGCAGCGGCCAAGAUGAACCUGGAGCUGCUCGAGUCCUUUGGACAGAACUAUCCUGAGGAGGCUGAUGGGACACUAGACUGUAUCAGUAUGGCUUUGACGUGUACCUUUAACAGGUGGGGCACUCUGCUUGCAGUGGGCUGUAAUGAUGGCCGCAUUGUCAUCUGGGACUUCUUGACGAGAGGCAUAGCCAAAAUCAUAAGUGCCCAUAUCCACCCUGUCUGUUCUUUAUGCUGGAGUCGAGAUGGUCACAAAUUGGUCAGUGCUUCAACUGAUAACAUCGUGUCACAGUGGGAUGUUCUGUCUGGAGACUGUGACCAGAGGUUUCGGUUCCCUUCACCCAUCUUGAAAGUUCAGUAUCACCCCCGAGACCAAAACAGGGUUUUGGUGUGUCCCAUGAAAUCUGCGCCAGUGAUGCUAACACUGUCUGAUUCAAAACAUGUUGUUCUACCCGUGGAUGAUGACUCCGAUCUGAACGUGGUGGCCUCUUUCGACAGGCGAGGGGAAUAUAUCUAUACAGGCAAUGCCAAGGGGAAGAUCUUGGUCUUAAAAACAGAUACUCAGGAUCUCGUUGCUUCCUUCAGAGUAACAACUGGAACCAGCAACACCACAGCUAUUAAAUCAAUAGAAUUUGCCCGGAAAGGAAGCUGCUUUUUAAUAAACACAGCUGACCGAAUAAUCAGGGUAUAUGAUGGUCGGGAAAUUCUAACCUGUGGGCGAGAUGGAGAGCCUGAGCCAAUGCAGAAGCUGCAGGAUUUAGUAAACAGGACACCGUGGAAGAAGUGUUGUUUCUCUGGGGAUGGGGAGUACAUAGUGGCAGGAUCAGCACGGCAGCAUGCCCUUUACAUCUGGGAGAAGAGCAUUGGAAACCUAGUGAAAAUCCUCCAUGGGACCAGAGGAGAACUGCUGCUAGAUGUAGCAUGGCAUCCUGUCCGACCAAUCAUUGCUUCCAUUUCCAGUGGUGUUGUAUCAAUAUGGGCUCAGAAUCAAGUGGAAAACUGGAGUGCCUUUGCGCCUGACUUUAAAGAGUUGGAUGAAAACGUAGAGUAUGAAGAGAGGGAGUCAGAGUUUGACAUUGAGGAUGAAGAUAAGAGUGAGCCAGAGCAGACAGGUGCUGAUGCUGCAGAAGAUGAGGAAGUGGAUGUAACCAGUGUAGAUCCUAUUGCUGCCUUCUGUAGCAGUGAUGAAGAACUGGAGGACUCCAAGGCAUUGCUGUAUUUACCUAUUGCUCCUGAAGUGGAAGACCCAGAAGAAAACCCUUAUGGACCCCCACCUGAUGCUGUCCAGACCUCCUUAACUGAUGAGGGAAUAGGCUCCGAGAAGAAGAGGCAGUCAUCAUCUGAUGGACCUCAGCCACCAAAGAAGAAACCCAAAAUGACCAACAUUGAACUGCAAGGAGUACCUAAUGAUGAAGUCCAUCCGCUGCUGGGUGUGAAGGGAGAUGGUAAAUCCAAGAAGAAGCAAGCAGGCAGGCCUAAAGGAUCAAAAGGUAAAGAGAAAGAUUCUCCAUUUAAACCGAAACUCUACAAAGGGGACAGAGGUGCUUUACCUCUGGAAGGAGCAGCAAAGGGUAAAGUGCAGGCGGAGCUGGGACAGCCUUUGACAGCAGGUGGUGCAAUCUCAGAACUGUUAUGAAGACAUUCUGCUUUCUCUUCCUCUGUUUUUUCCUAUGUUGGCACCAUAAUGUGGAAUAUGGACAAGGUGCUCAGUCAGAUAAUGGACUGACUUUAACUUAAUACAGCAACCUGAUUGCUCGUGGAUGCAGGGAGUGACUUUUUAUAAGAAGUGAAUUAUGGAAGAGAAAAUGGCCUUCAUUCCUUCUCCUCAACCCUCUCUCCCACAAACAGUGUAAGAUAUUGACUCUCAGGACAGGAGAUUUGCAAAGAAACUAUGUGGAUUGUCUCCUUAUAGCCUUUGCUAAAGUGAAGCACCCUGCUUUCCUCAAGCUAAGAAAUCAUUUUCCGUUUGUUUCUUUCAAAGAUUUUGGUUCUGAAGCAUGCCAAGAUUUUUAUUCCCGGGACCAUGUACCCUCUGACUAUGUAUUCCUAAGAACUUCCAUUUAAUUAACUCUCAUUUCAGUGAAUUGUUGUGCGUUUUAUUCUUUCUUCUGUGCCAUCUCUACAGUACUUUACAGUGAGUUAAAAGAAAAUCUGUUAAUAUCUUCAUACACACACCCCUUUUGUACCACCACUGCGGGUUGUGUGCAAGGUCUGAUGCCAUGUCAUUAGGCAAGGAUUUCGGAUUAGGAGCUGAGAUAGUCUCUGACGUCUGCAAAGAAUGGGCACUUUAUGUAGUGGUUUGUGGAGGUGAAAGAUGCCAGCUUCAUGACACUGUUUGUUGGUAGAAUUGGGGAGGGAGAAGAUAGAAGUAAGUUUUAGAUAGAAGACCCAAGAAUUUGAUUUUGUUGCCUUUAGGCUGAGGUAUAAAAGGUUGCAUUUUGCUACUUUAUCUCUUUGCCUGCAGUGUUGGUUCUUUUUAUAUUGUCAUAUCAGGUAUCAUAGUGUAGGCAGCUGGCUCCCUCUUUUGCUGACCCAUUCUUUCAAGUGGAGAAGAAAGAGAACCCAGUCUUUAUCUCAAAAGAAACUGUAGUAUAAAUACUCAGGCUUUUUUUCAGUUAAAUAUCGAAGACCUUGAAUAAGAACCAAGAAAAGCCAAUCAUGAAACAGUAAAAUGGGUUUAAGAGCCAAAGAUCCUUAUAUAUUGUUUUAAAGUGGUCAGAUUUAUUUCCCCUGGUGAAAUAAGAGGAGGAGAAAGAUGGAGGUUUGUGUGUUCUUUCAAAAUCUCAACCUUUUUUCUUCUUCCCAUGUAUGCUUUAAUUUCCUUGUCCCCCCAGUGACCUGUAUAAUGCUGCCACUGUUCUUGUGUGCAAAGAGAACUAGAUGGCAAGGUCUCUAAAGUCAGUCAGUAUUGUUCCUUAACAACUGCCCCUGCUGAUGAUUAAGUGACAUUGAUUAAUAUGUACACAGAAUAGCUAAGUUAUAGAACAUGUACACUGGGCAUUGUUGAGGUCGGCUCAAGUCACCGUUUGGAGUGUGCCACAGUAAUGGUCAGGAGAGAACUUCUUGCAAACUAGUAGAGAUAGGAAAUUAGGCAGCGGAUGUCUUGGGAAUUAUACUCCUGGUCCUUCAGUGUGCUGAGUACCCUCAACUCUCAUUGAACUCCGUGGAGUUGAAGGCUUCUAGUACUUUUCAGGAGGUGCUCCGGACUGUGUAAGAAAGGAUCCUACAUAAAUAACAUCACUAUCUUAGCUUUAGUAGCAAAAAUGGACCAUUGGACUAGCUUCCACACACAGUCUUGCAAAAAUGGGCUUUGGGGCUAGUUUCUGCAUGCAGUCUGGGAGAUCAGUUGUUACUUUAAUUUGUACAGUGUUUGUGUAAUAUUUUUCAUAAGUGCUUACUUAUUUAACACUUUUUUUAAACCUGUGACCGCAUUAUGGGAUGUCAUCUUUUUAUGGUGAUAACACCUAGAAUAAUACCUAGAAUGGCAAGUGUAUUAGAAUGAUGUUACCUUCUGAAUCGCAACCCAUAAGUUGUGUGGCUGCUCAUUCUUUCCAUUUCAGAUGUAGAUGACAAACCACAGGUGACAGAUACACACAGAAGUCAUGGAAAAACUGAAGUUCAACAGUACCAUCUCCCCCAGUAACCUCCUUGUAUUCUCAGGAUUAUGUGGGCUACACACAUCUGAAUUUAUGGUGAUCCUUAUUCAGUCCCUGAGCUGAAGAAAGUCUGUUCUGCUUGAGACUUAGCAGAUGGGACAUCAUAGAGAUUCUUUUUCUCCAUCCCUGCCUACUUUCCAGGUGACACUAGCAUGUUAUUGGACUUUUUGUGCAACAAAUUAAAAUAGAGCUUUCAGUCUUAGUGCUCCUCAUUGCUCAGGGUGUAUUACACUUGCUCUUCAGCUACUUUCAUUUAUUUCCUUGGCUUAGUAAAUUCAACCUGUUUUCACUGCUUCUUUUAACUUCAAAACAUCCUUCAUACAAAAGUAUCCACUCAUACCAGAAGCCCAAGAGGUGAGUCAGGCAGGUACCUAUGUUAGGUCUAAUUUAAGCAAAGCAGCCAGUAGCAGCAUUGGAAAUAAACAAAGUUCAUAAGAAAGCUGGUGGUUUUGUUCCUAACUUGCAGUCCAGUGUCUUAGGUUCAUUUAAUGAAACUAUUUUUGAUUCCACCCUCACAUAUAUUCUGAUAAGCUUUCUUUGCUCUUUGAACUCUCUGGACAGCUCAUUUCAUACCUAAAACUCUUAUGGUGCGUCUGAAUCCAUCACAAACCCUAAUGCUGCCCAGGUGAUGGCUCUGAAGAUUGUCUUAACGCAUAUGAAUUUUCAUGGACUCCAACUUUCAGUUGUGUUGAAUGCUUCUCCAAUUGUACAGUGUAUGUCCUUGGUUUAUUUUCUUCUGUCUUUUUAAUUCAUCAUUUUGAUAUCUCUGUAGUUUUUGUACAAAAUGUGUCAGAUAAUGGCCAGUUGGUAGUCAUCGCUGCAACAGAGCAGUGAUGUUAGCUUCUGUGUUUGUAAAUAAAGAGGUAUGUUUUAUUUCUUAAA